CUUCAAACCCCUCUCCCCUUCUACCGUCUCUGCUGCCCAGUCACUCUCUGAGAGGGAGCUGUGGUCGGACCUUCAUGCUGGGUUCCAGACCCGUGUGUCCAGGGGAUGAACAAUCAGUACGUCCGCCGGGAGGUUUUCUGCGGGAACACCUGUCACGAGCUCAAACGCUUCUGGGAAAGAGAAAUUGGCAAACAGACUUACUACCGAGAAUCGGAGGAAUACCGCCUUGGGAGAAGUGCGCUGAGAAAGCUCAGAGAAGAAUGGAGGCAGAGACUGGAAACCAAGCUGAGGCUGAGGAACAGCACAGAUGAGACUGAAAAGCGGGCAAAUGUUGGCCGAGAACUUCUUGGUUCAUUGACACAAGACGAUACAAAGCACUGAGGCAGCUCUGCUGGGAGAAACCAACACGGAUCACUGAGUCCCUUUGCCUUACCAAACAGAUCGCAUACUAGUGUCUCCCCCACCUGCGAGGGGCUUACCU